AUGCCGAGAAACACUCCUCUCCUGGAGUUUGGUUGUGACAACGAGGAGAUUGCAGUGGAGGAUGAGAACAUGUUUCAUGAGAUGCGCAUACCUCACCCGAACUUCCGAUGGCGGCUGAUACAGAAGCUCGUACCUUUCUUAAUCAUAAUCGCAGGGUUCACAAUCAUGGUCACUGUGCCAAGGGACUACGCGUAUCCUCGCGAUGGCAUGCCGUACAUGUUCAUGCAAUCGUUCGGAGAGGAGAUUUCAGGCUGGCCGGUGACGAUUAGGCCCCAUGGAGCUGUUGUUGUAUACAAUACAACUAUCGGGAACGAGGUCUUUGACAUCAAAACGAUGGUGCCAACAACGAGCCUCUGCGAUGGAAACCAAGCUGUCAAUGAGAGAGAUUAUCUUGAAGACGUUUACACUUUCGACGCUCAACUGAUUGAAGAUAUGAACCAAACUGUGUUGCUUUCGAAUACUUUCUUCAGGAUGGAGUUAAGAGUGAACGUUACAAAAGAAACUGCUGUCAUGUUUGACGUCAUGGAGUUCGGUGGGUUGCUAGGAAGACACCGGGCGAUGAUCGCUGCUAUCAUCCUUGUGCUGGUUUAUUCUGCCAUUUUAUCAGAGGUUUGUCAACGCGCUCUCUGCACUCUGCUCGGUGCGAUCUGCAGCUUGACAUUCUUGGCCUUGCUGCGACAAGCGCCACACAUGAAAACAGCAGCCUCCUGGAUCUCCGAGACGACUCUCGCUCUUCUCUUCGGUAUGAUGCUCAUGCUGCAUAUCAUCUCCGAUACAGGAGUGCUUGAAAGUGCCGCUGUAGAAGUUGCGAGGCACACAAAUGGAAGCCCAUGGAGACUGCUCCUGGCGCUCUGUCUCGGCACAGGUUUGCCCUCCAUCGCAUCCAUGGAACAUCUCAACUUCUUGACUCUGAUGUACCACAAAGGAUUUCUCUCCAUGUUCCUUCCUAACCUUGCCGUCGUCUCUCUAAUCGUCCCAGUUACCACGAGCUUGUGUCAAAUUUCUUCUCUUGACCCUGCUGAUUACAUCAUCAUGGAGAGCAUUUUUAGUGGCAUAGGUAGUGCUAUGACUAUGUUGAGCAACCCGCCAAACGUGAUCAUCGGUCAAGCUUUCUCCCGUGAAGGAGUGAAUGUGAAUACCUUCAUCGCUAAUGUUGGCAUUGGCUGUUUGGUCACUUUGCCGUUCCUUGUGGUGGGAAUGAGAUUCAUGUUCAAACCAAUCUACAACUCAGAAGGUGUUCUGCUCGAUACUGUGUUCCUAGGCGAUCAUGAGGAUACUGUGGAGCAAUCGAUCCUUGCGCAGAAGAGCGACUCGCUUGAAACCCUGAUAGACAAAAUUUGCUGGAAGCAGACAAAGGACAAGGCUGUCCUUCAGGCCUCCUCGUUGAUCCUUGUCUCCGUCAUCCUCGCCAUGUUCUUCUCUCCCAUCCCAGGUCUUGACCCGUCCUGGUUCGCCUUCGGCGGAGGCCUCCUCCUCCUCCUCCUCGUCUACCCAGUCAACAUCAUCCCCAUCAUGCAGGCAAGUGUCCUCUAUCCCCUGCUCGACCUCACCAGUUGCUGGGCAGAGGAUGGAGUGGGACGCGUUCUUGUACCUGGCCGGCUCCGCUUGAUCGACGCCAUGGGUCGCUCCUUGUCCUCAUUCAUCGCCCUCGCUCCUCAAGCCUACACGCUCCCCGUCGCCGUCAUUGUCAUUCUCUGGGUCGUCACGGUCAUGUCAGCUUUCCUCGACACCAUCCCUCUUUGCGUAGCUCUUGUCAAGGUCAUUCAGGUUGUCGCGAGAAAGCUCAAUCUCCCCGUGCAACCCCUCGCGUGGGCUCUUGCUUUCGCUGCAUCACUGGGGCAGGUAGAAGGCGAGGAGGAGCAGAUAGAGGACGAGGACGAGAGCGAGGGCGAGGAGCAGCAGCAGCAGCAACAGCAGUUGCAGCAGAACGCAACUAUAGUCGGAAGUGCGAACAAUGUUGUUGCGGUCACGUUGAGUGAGAAAGCCGGACAUCCGAUUACUUCCAUGCGAUGGAUGAAGGUACCGAACUGA